AUGGCUUCCAAAGUGACUUCCUUCGCCGUUCUGCUGCUGGUGGCAGUUUUUGCCAUGUCUCUCUCACCCUCAGAUGCUGCGCGCAACCGCCCGUACUGCCGCUUCGACGGGAAGCUGGUGGUGAGCAACCUCGUGAAGGAGCUCACGGCGGCCGGAAACUACUCGACUCUGAUCGCCGCGCUUAAGACGACAGACCUAGACAAAGACCUCGCUGACCUUUUCAACUGCUACGAGGCGACGCUCUUCGCGCCCACGGACGCGGCGUUCGAGGAGCUCUCCAAUGACACGAAGAAGGCGAUUGAAGACGACAAGGUGCUGCGCGAAGUGCUGCUGCUGCACGUAGUACAGAAGAAAAUGACUGCCGCUGAGCUCAUGGCACUGCCCCAGGGAAAGCAGCUCAAGGCCGCAGCAGGCGGGUGCAAGGCUCGUUUGGUGAAGGUGUCAACUCGCGGCGCCCAGCCAGUCGAGGUGCAGGCCAAGGACGGCCCGCAGGAAGCUUCCGUGGUGGCUGCUGACGUCAUAUCGAUCCGAGUGGUGCAGGUGCACAGGGUGGAUGACGUCAUCCUGCCCAAGACCCUGCAGAAGGGCGAAGGUGAUUCCCUCAAGCCCACCAAGUGCGUCGCCUGGAGGGCUUAG